AGAUGGACCUGGUUCUGUUUGUCGCCUUGUCUCUCUGCUGUUGGACAGCAGAUGCCAGGUAUGUUUGGUCAGAUAAACCUAAGAUCCUGGGGACCAAUGAAAUCCUGGACGGAGAAACGGUGGAAAUCAGCUGCUUCGUUCCUGUCGACUACACAGGCGGGCUCUGCCGUCUCUUCAGAGGAGACUCUGAAUAUCCCUUCAAGGUGAUGGUAGCAACAAGUUAUGUGUGUAUUUUCAAUCUGACGUCAAAGGAGGUGCUGGGGAACUACGUGGUCGGCAGCACGUUCAAACUCAGAUGUGACUACAGACUGCAGGAGUACACCUCCAUCUCCAGCGACAACAUGCUCAUGACUGUCUCUGGUACCAGACCCAAACCCAGUCUGUCCAUCAGCCGUCGCUUUGUGUCACCUGACGACAUCAUCGAGGCCACCUGUAUUCCUCCGGUGUCCCCUGUCGCUUACUGCAGGUUCUACACAGACGUGUAUGGGUUGGACAGGCCGUCCUGCAGCGCUAACAUAACCUUCAGAGAGCUCAUCAGGUUCCUGGAGCCCAGCCUGCUGCUUCCUGUCAACCUGUCCUGCACCUACGACCUCGACGAAGUUCUCUCCAUCCGCUCUCAGUACAGCGACGAGCAUCUGGUGUUUGUAGUCGAUCCAAGACAGGUGACCUCAUCAGUCAACUGUUCGGUCUCGGUGAGUGAGGAUCAGCUGGCGGCGUUUGAAGACCGGACAUUGACGGCGUUUGGAGCUAACGGAACGACUGUCACCAUCCGGAUGACCCAGCGCGGCCGGAACCUCGAAAACACCUGCAACCGACUCCAAACAAGAUCCGAUUCCCAGAGAACCGCUCAGAUGAAGAGACGAUUACAAUGAAAAGUCAGAAGAAUAAAAUUGGAAGAUUCAAAUCCAGUGAAAAUAAUCAUCCAUUCAUUUAAGCACUUAACCCAACUGCUAAUGCGGCACAUUUCCACCAAUGCACUAACAACGGAGCUAACCUUUAAUUUAGCACUUUUGCUAACUUUAAAAUCAUUUAGCGCUCUGACUUUCCCUACAUUAACUUUUCUUCAUAGAGUCUAAACUGCCAGUUUACUCAACUGUUUGUAAAGUUUCAGUUGAAUAAAGUUUGACU